AAGAACGCUACGCGCCACACGCGGUACACGGUACACGGGACACAUACGAAAACGAAUCAAACGUUAAAUCAAGAGAGAAUUUAAACUAUCUUCAAAAUGGUCGUCAACUUUAAAGUGUUUAAGAAAUGUUCACCGAACAACAUGAUCACGCUCUAUAUGAAUAGGCGUGAAUUUGUGGAUUCGGUGACACAAGUAGAACCAAUUGAUGGCAUCGUUGUACUGGAUGAUGAGUACGUGCGUCAGAAUCGUAAAAUCUUUGUUCAGCUUGUCUGCAAUUUUCGUUAUGGACGCGAAGAUGAUGAAAUGAUCGGACUGCGUUUCCAAAAGGAGUUGACUUUGGUCUCGCAGCAGGUUUGCCCACAACAAAAACAAGAUUUGCAACUGACCAAAAUGCAGGAGCGUCUACUCAAGAAACUGGGCUCCAAUGCAUUCCCCUUUAUUAUGCAAAUGCCUCCCAGUUCCCCAGCAUCGGUGGUGCUGCAACAGCGGGCCAGUGACGAGAGUCAGCCAUGCGGUGUGCAGUACUUUGUGAAGAUUUUCACCGGCGACAGUGAUUGCGAUCGUUCGCAUCGUCGCAGCACCAUCAAUUUGGGCAUCCGCAAGGUGCAGUACGCACCAACCAAACAGGGCAUUCAGCCCUGCACAGUGGUACGUAAGGAUUUCCUUUUGUCGCCCGGUGAACUGGAAUUGGAAGUGACUCUGGACAAACAACUGUAUCAUCAUGGUGAAAAGAUUGCGGUCAAUAUUUGUGUACGAAACAAUUCGAACAAGGUUGUAAAGAAGGUCAAGGCUAUGGUGCAGCAAGGUGUCGAUGUGGUACUCUUCCAAAAUGGACAAUUCCGAAAUACAAUUGCCUUCAUGGAGACCAGUGAGGGAUGUCCCUUGAAUCCGGGUUCAAGUUUGCAAAAGGUCAUGUAUCUAGUGCCAACUUUGGUGGCCAAUUGCGAUAGGGCUGGCAUUGCUGUAGAGGGUGAUAUCAAACGCAAGGACACGGCACUGGCCUCAACUACACUUAUUGCCAGCCAAGAUGCUCGUGAUGCCUUUGGCAUAAUUGUCUCCUAUGCGGUUAAAGUGAAACUAUUUUUGGGUGCUUUGGGCGGUGAACUGUGCGCUGAAUUGCCCUUCAUUCUAAUGCAUCCGAAGCCAAGCCGCAAGGCUCAACUGGAGGCUGAGGGCUCUAUUGAAGCCUAAAGGGCGAAUCAAAAUAUAUCUAAAUAUAUAAAUGGAUAAAAUGUUUACCUCAACUAAACAAACAAUUUCUUAGUGUGCCUAAACAAACGUAGCUGAUUUGUUGCUGAAAAUGUUCUGAACUGCAGUCGUCGUACUUUUUCUUAUAAUAUGUAUAUACAUAUACAUAUAUAUGUAUAUCUAAAAUAUGUAUAUCUACAAAUGUAUAAUUGUGUGUAUGUGUAACAAAAUCAAACAAAAUAGAGGAAUUAAAUACUGGAGAAGAUCAAAUGA